AUGAUUGGGGUUUUGGGGAGUAGUCGAGCGGCAGCGAAGAAGGGGAAAGCGGGGAACGGUGAAACAACUUCGUAUAGGGGUAACUAUCGGUUUACGGAGGAUUCCGAUGACGAUGAUGAGGUUUUGUUAUCCGUUCUGUUAAAACGGCAGCAGGAUUCCGAUGACGAUGAUGAGGUUUAUGAUCUCGACAGCGAAUCUGAACCAGAAUUGGAGGAAGUGCCUUCGUGUCCUGAUCCGGAAUUCCACGACUUUGAGAAAGAUAGGUCGGAGAAUUGUUUGGGUGUUGAUCAAAUAUGGGCAAUGUACGAUGACUUCGAUAAGAUGCCUAGAUGGUAUGGCCGGGUUAGGAAAGUGCUCUCACUUGGGAGUAAGCUUCUCAUGACAUGGCUGGAGGCUUGCCCAGGUACCAAAGACGGACUAGAUAGGCGCGAUGAAGCGAUGCCUGUUUCGUGUGGUGUUUUCAAGACGGAGGGAGUGGACAUUGUGGAUCGUGUGUCAUUGUCACACCGAAUGGACUGCUCGAGGGGGAAAGACAAGGAUACAUAUUUCAUCUUCCCUAAGAAGGGGGAGACUUGGGCAUUGUUCAAGGAUUGGGAUAUUAAAUGGGGUUGUGAACCAGAAAAGCAUAAGCCACAGCGUACUUAUGAUUUGGUGGAAGUUAUGUCUGAUUUUGCGGAGGAAGUUGGUGUUGAAGUUUGUUAUUUGUGCAAAGUAGAAGGAUUUGUUAGCAUCUAUGAGAAAGCUUCCCAUGAAACCUGCGUGUCCUUCUUCAUACUGCCGAACGAAGUACUGUUCAGUUUUUCACAUCGGGUUCCAUCUUGCAGAAUGACUGGUAGGGAAAAAGAGGGUGUCCCUGCUGGGUCUUUUGAACUCGAUACAGCUGCACUGCCUAGCGGUUUUUGUAAUGUUGAGCAAGUCGUCAGCAUUCGGCCACAGGGAGGGAGUGGUUCAUUCAUGGCCGAGGAGAAGAUUAGUUCUCAGGGGAACUGUGGAACUAUUGAAUUCAGAGAUGCCUUGAAGACAUGUCCAAUUGGGUUGAGCCAAAGAGGUAGGGAGUUAAGUGCAAGCAAGUUUGUCGACCUUGAGAGCGGUGCUAUGCUAAUGUCUGCGAGUACGUGGGAGAACCGAGCCCAAACAAGCGAUUCGUUACAUGAGAGAGUUGAACGUUCAACUAGUCAGACAGGGACCACAAUGUCCUUAAAGCGCAAAGUUAUCAACGGCGAUAGACUUGCUUCUAAGAAACCAAGAUCCAAGGAUGAAGUUAUGAGCCAGAGCUGCAUGAUUGAUGGGGAUGAAGACCAAGUGACUGCAGAUUAUGGUUAUGUAAAUAAGGAGUUGGAUCUUAAACGGGCAGAGUUAGCUACAUUGGAGGAAAGAGUUAAGGCUUGUAAGAUGGAGCUAGAGAGAACCCAAGCGUCCCUUGAGCACAAACAAGGAGAGCUUCUCGAAAAAAAUAGCUGUCUGCACUCCAUUGAAGAGUUGAUUAAAGAAACCAACUUAAAACUUGAGUUGAGAGAGAAUCAGUACAAGGCAAUAAGAAGGUCUAUUGGCCAGUCUUCGGCGGAGCUCCAAUCGAAAGAGAGCCAACUCAAAUCCCUAGAGCAAUCAAUCAAAGAAUCCAUGGAAAAAGAGAAGGCACUGCGUUAUGUCAAGGAUGAAGUACGCGAAAGUUGUGAAGUUGUUCAGUGGAAAGAGAAGGAACUGAACGAAUUAAAAAAGUGUAUUGAAGCUUCAAACAAAGUUCUUGAUGAGAAGUCAAAGCUACUUGGGGAGAUCAAAGCAAAGCUUGCAAAUAACACUGGAAAGCUCAAAUCAAUGGAAGAACAUCGAAACCGAUUGAAGAAAUCAAUCAUGGACCUUCGGCAAAAACGAGAUCAUUAUCAUUCAGUACAAAAGCCCUCCCAGGGGCAUUCUGCAGUAGAGUCUAAAACGCAUGAAAUUUUGCAUGAAGGAUAUGCUACCAACCUCCAGUUGUUCCUGGAUAAGCAUUUGAGGAAGCACGACGCUUUCCAAGCUGAAGUUUCCAUUGCAUUGCAGAGAGCACCAGAUCCUGCAAUGCUGGUCUUAGAAGUAAUGCAUGAGUUCUAUCCUCGUUCAGAAAACCAGGAUAUGGACUAUGAUUUAUCUGUCACUAGGAGAACCUGCAUCACUCUGCUGGAACAUUUAUUGGGAAUCAAACCACAUAUUAAAUCUGAUGUAAGAGGACAGGCAAUGAAGCUUGCGCGGGACUGGAAGGCAAGAAUUACCAUGAUGAAACCAGCAACUUCUUUGCAGGUUCUGGGCUUUCUGCAACUCGUAUCGGCGUUCAGGCUGGCCUCUGAUUUUAGUGCAGAUGAAGUAAGACAGCUCGUUAGUAGUGGCCUUCCUAAGCAAGGGAAUGGGGCUGAAACAUGGCAAUCUCUUGGGUUCAUGGAUAACUGAAAUGAUUUUGGUUUUCUUUUAACUAUUUAUGUACUAUUUUUCUUUUGGAAAAGGCGAACCAGGCAAGUUAUCAGAGUGACAUAACUGGGCUGAAAAGAUUCUUUCAGAGUUCCCUAAUCUACACAGAACAAAGGUUAGUUCAUUCGUCGUCCACUGUGGCUGCAAAAUUUUGGAAAUGUAGUUACUUCGCUUUGCUCCAGUGUCAUGAAAAAUGAUUGCCAAGGGGGAAACAUGGCUAUGGUUGGAUUCGAUGGUAUGAACUUUUCUCCAUGAGCUUUUAGGUCAAUAGGGUUGCGUUAUAGAAGUUUAGGGGACAUUUUCGUGAACAUGAUUCUUGAUCAGUAUAAUAGGGCAAUUAGUUCUAGACUUCAAGCUAGUUCGAAUUCUAGCCGAGCAAAAUCCCAAGAAAAGGGGUUCGAAUUGAGGCAUAAACCCUCCUCACUAGCUUUUCUCUUUAUAUCACCAUAAAACGUACUCCACUAGCUUUCCUCUUAUAACCAAUGGGGUAAACUCGUGGGGGGUCUGAAACUCUCAUAUUACGAGUAAUGCUCGAGGAUGGUGCAACUCUAUUUUCCGGAUCAAAAUGUUUGGUUAAUUGCACCUGCAUUGCUCAGGC